AUGGGAAAGAUUAUGAAGCCUGGACGAGUUGUGAUCAUGCUUAAUGGUCGAUUUGCUGGACGCAAGGCUGUUGUGAUCAAAAGUUAUGAUGAUGGUUCUUCUGAGAGGCCUUAUGGACACGGAUUGGUUGCUGGGAUUGACAAAUAUCCACGUAAAGUAGUCAAACGAAUGGGCAAAAAACAAAUUGCAAAACGCAUAGCAAUGCGUCCAUUUGUCAAAGUUACUUCUCUUCAACAUUUGCUUCCAACUCGUUGUACUUUUGAGGCUGAAUUUGACAAAAGUAUCGUUAACAAGGAAUCAAUUAAAGGUUUUUUUCCUAUUUCUUCCUCAAUUUCGCUUUGGUUUUCUGUCUCUAUUCAGUCAGUCAAUAAAGAAUCAGAAAUUGAUUUGAAGUUGUGGGGUUGAACGGUAUGGUCUUGUAAUACCUAAAGCUUGAAAUACCUAAUAUUGUAAUACCUAAAAGCUUUUCCAGCUUUUUCCAAAGUUAGGUGUUUCAAGGUCUUUUGGGGCUUGGGUAUUUUUCCAAAGUUAGGUAUUAUAAGACGUUCAGGGGAGAAGUUAGACGUUGAGGGGAGAACUUCAUGUUUUAAUAAUUAUGAAAGAAUUUUGUGUUUCAAAUUUCUGAUUCUAUUGACUGAUUGAUUUACUGAACUCUAUUCCAUGUGAAGAUUGUUGGGAGGGAAGUCUUAUUAUCGGGAAGGAAGUUCUCAUUUAGAAGAAAGUCCUUACUAAGGUUGUUGGUUCAAAAAAUUCUCUUUGGGUAACCGAACAAACCCAGCUGGGAAUCUUUGAGGGCUUUAGGUUCGGGUUGAGACCGACAACACUAAUUCAAGUCGUUGCAACCG